GAAUGGAUUUCCAUUCCAGUCUUAGCAUAUUUGUUUUUAUUUUCUAAUGGAGAAGGAUAAACAGAUCACGGACACGAGCAACAACUGCAGAUGUUACGGGGCUAAUAAUUUUGGCUCUUCCAUUGGUCAUAGUAAGCUAAAAAUCUUGCUAUGUGACCGUGAUACUGAGAGUUGUCAAGAGGUUUCGACCCUUUUGACCAAAUGCUGUUACCAAGGUACUAACUCUCUCACAUUCUUAGCAAGGUGGACUAUGGAGUUCUUUAUUGUUUUGAAGAGCCUAUUUGUACUUCUAAGUUUUGUGUACUUCCUCUCUUUCACUCCUACAUUUUCCUUUUCGUCAUUUCUAGUAAUUUCAGUCAGCUCAGAUAUGGAGGUGAUUAAUGCUCUUAAUUCUGAAGGGCCAUAUAUUGACCUCAUCCUAGCUGCAGUAGACCUUCCUAUAAACACAAGCAUGGAGAUGAUCAAAUAUAUAAUGCAGGACAAAAAUUUCCAUCAAAUUCCAGUAAUCAUGCUUUCAACACAGGAUGAAACUUUUCUCAUUCAUAAAUAUCUCAAACUCGGUGCAACUGAUUAUCUGGUCAAGCCAUUAUGCAAAAAUGAGAUCUUAAACUUGUGGAUGCACAUGAGCAAGAAGAGAAGAAUGAACAACAUUUUAAAUUAUGGACUUGGUCAUCUGGUAACAAAUGAAGCUAAUAUGAGCAACAUAAUCAUCUUCGAAGACACAGAUAACAAGCUUCUUCAGACUGCUAGUACUCAGAGAAUUGAGCCGAACAUUUAUCAGCAAGAUACCUGAAUUUUUAUUUGCAGAAAGUUUGGUUUUCUUUGUAUUUGCAGUAACAUCAUAAACACGAAAAAUGUGCAAGCAAUUGUCCUAUCAUGGAAAUCCUUUUGACUUAAAAAAGUCUUUAAAAGGCAAAAAGGGCAAAAAAGAAAAAAGAAAAAGAAAGGAUCUUAUUGUAAUUUCGGUUAAUUGAAGUAUUGUAAUUUAUGAACAGGGAAAAAAAGAUCCCAUAGUGCAAAAAAAUGAAUAUUGGCCAAAAAAAAAAAAAAAAACAAGAAAAAAAAUCUAUGGGAUUUUGUUUUCCCUUCCUUUAUAUGAAGAAAUCAAUUCUUGUAUCUGAAAUUUCCAUUUAUUAACUUGACACUGUCUCACGCCCAAAGUAAAAAUAAAAUUGUCUAUAUUUCUUUGCCAUUUACUA